AUGCAACAAAAUAAUAAUAGUACUAAUGGUGGUGAAAUUGUAGUUGCAAAAUUCAACUAUAAUUCACAAGAUAGUCAUGAAUUAACAAUUACUAAAAAUGAACGUCUUAUAUUACUUGAUGAUACAUGUCUAUGGUGGAAAGUAAAACGUGUCGAUUCCGAUGAUACAGGAUACAUUCCAUCAAAUUUUGCUCGACGUGAAAAACGUUCUUUACUUGAUAAAAUAAUAUCAAAACGUCUUGGAAAAAAAUCCAUUCUAAGCAAUGGUCAUAAUAAUGAACGUAUUAUUUCAUCAGCACUUGUCAAAUUUCGUUAUGAUGCAGAAAGUGAGGAUGAAAUUAGUUUAAAUAAAGGUGUAUGGGUAAAUAUUUUACAAAAAAAAACUGAUGGUUGGUGGCUUGUACAAUAUGAAAAACAACUUGGAUGGUUUCCAUCAAAUUAUCUUAUUGAAAAAACAUCUGAAAGUUUAAAUUCAUUAUCUUUAUUAAAUCAAAUAAAUAAUCAACAUAAUUCUCCAGUAUCAUUAUCAUCAAAUGGUCUUUCAUCAUCAAGUAGUGCUAAUUCAAAUUUAAUUGAACAUCAUCAACACCAACCCCAACAAAUUCGUCAUAAUUCACAUCCAUUACAUAUAACAAAUUCAAAUGAUGAAUAUGAAUUUGUUAUAAAAUCAACAAAAUUAGCACAUUCAGAUGGUAAACUUGAUACAUGUAAUAAUGAUAAUAUAAAGGAUGAACAAAAAAUCAAUUCAUGUUCAGCAUUAAUACAACAUAAUAAUUAUUCAACAUCAAAUAUAAUUAAUGAAUUAAAAACUUUAACAUUAAAUAAUCCGCCAUAUAUUAAUGAAAUUUGGUAUUAUGGUUUAUUAAGUCGUGAUGAUGCUGAAAAUUAUUUAAAAUUAUAUGGAAAUGAAAAAGGCGAUUAUCUUAUACGAGACAGUGAACGACGAAUUGGAAAUUAUUCAUUAAGUAUUCUUGAUGAUAUGAAUACAAUUCGUCAUUUUCGUAUUGAAUUAUCUGAUGAUGGUAAUCGAUAUAUAAUUGGUAAACGUUCAUUUAAUUCAUUAAAUGAUCUUAUUGAACAUUAUAAAAGUCAUCCGGUAUUUGAUGCUGAUCAUAAUAAGCUUUAUUUAAAUAAACCAUUGAUUAUAACGAAUUCUAAAUAUAAGUUAUAA